GUUCGGCGUUGUGACUGUCGUAGAGUCAGUGGCUAACAGUAAACAGCGAUUUUUUGGCUGAAGGUUUCUUGUGAACGGAGUCGUUUCUGUUCACUUUGAGUGGUUGAGCAACAGCUAAUUAAGAUGGCGGAAAAAUUUGAUAAUCUGGAGGAGCAUCUGGAGAAAUUUAUCGAGAAUAUUCGACAGUUGGGAAUCAUCGUUAGCGACUUCCAGCCUAGCAGCCAAGCAGGACUCAACCAAAAACUAAAUUUCAUGAUAUCUGGACUACAGGACAUCGAGAAGUGCCGUCAGCAGCUUCAUGAGAUCAACGUACCGCUGGAGGUGUUUGAAUACAUUGAUCAAGGUCGAAACCCUCAGCUGUACACCAAGGAAUGUCUGGAGAGAGCCUUGGCGAGGAACGAGCAGGUCAAAGGCAAAAUUGACACCAUGACGAAAUUCAAGAGUCUUCUAAUCUCCGAGCUCAGCAAAGUAUUUCCAGAGGAGAUGUCCAAGUAUAAGGCUAUACACGGUGAAGACGCUCCCUCCUAGUGACUGCUGCACAAUGACCCCUGACCUUCAACCUGUGACCCUUGAAAUGAAAGCCUAAAUGGAGUUUGACCGAUCAGGAUCCUCUGUGGUCGCCAGCAGAAUAUGAUAAUAAUAAUUCUUAUUUUCCCCUAAUGUUGUGAUGCUGUUGCUGACUAGUACCCUGAGGGACCCUGACUCAGCAAUUCCUCGCCUUUUCUUACAUUUAAAUUUCAUUUAAAGAAAAACAAAACCACAGCAUGGGAGAAGCAGGGAGGAGAAACAAAUAAUUUUAAGUUGCCAGGGGACACAUUUAAUGUCCCUGCUAAUGCAUGGACACUGAGUACGCAGCAGAAGCAAUUUCUACAACUCCCCAUUGUACAGAAGAAAAUGUUCAAGAGCUAAAAGGCACCUGUCUGAUUCUGCAUUAAGGAAUUUACUCCAUCAGUUGUACAUACAGUAUAUUUAUACUCUUUCACUCUACCUUUUGUAAUGCUUCCUAAUCAUUGUGCAACAUACGUUUUUACCACACGGUUCAUGACAUUUUGUAUCAAGCUCAGGUUUCUAAUGGCCAAGAUUAUCGAAUGCAAAUGUUAUUUGGUGGUAAUUCUUUGCCUGAUCACUGGACAUGGUCAGAAAUUAGUCUGCUCUUUAUUUGUAACUUGUUUGUAUUAUAAUUUUUGUUAUUAAAUGAUCCUUGUUGGACUGA